AGGAAUAAAGAUGCAAUUUAAGAACGUGCGGUUCAAACGGAGUGAAUACCUGUUUCGUUGAAGAUGUUUCGUGUGUUAUAUAUGAGUUUUUUGAAUAUAUCAAUAUUUAUGUUGUUAGUUAAACAGGCGGUCGUUAGUGACAUUAUAUAUAAUACAAAUUUAAAAAUGACCCUUCACCUCGAGACGGUUGUUUGACAUCUUUCAAUGAAAGGAACAAAAACUAAAGGAAAGUUUUAGACUUAUCCAAUCCAUGGUGUAGUUCGUGAAGUGCUUUCCACUUUUCCGACAUUAAAUAAAGUCCUGGAAAUAAUCGGAGGAAUAUCCAGGUAAAAUGCAUGACAAUGAACGAGUAACAAUGGAUCACUGGACAAAUCUAACACCUACAGCUACAAUUCCGUUAAUGGACAAUGUGUCAACACCGAUAAUCACUAACAACACUUCAAUCGACGAUCCAAUAGGCCUUAACUUUAGUUUUUUCAAUAGUCAGUAUCCAGCCCUUCGGGACUUUCAAGGCGAUUUAGAUAUGGAAUACAUCAAACUCAUCAAUCCUUUUUGGCUGAAAUUCGACCCACCUAGCCAACGGGCCCACUAUACUCUAGGCGCACUUUACAUAUUGCUUCUUGUAAUAGGAUUUUCUGGGAAUGCAUUUGUAAUUUUCAUGUUUUUAAGAUGCAAAUCUCUUCGAACUCCCGCGAAUACUCUCGUGUUAAAUUUAGCUGUGAGUGACUUCCUCAUGAUGUCCAAAAUCCCGAUUGCUAUUUAUAAUUGCUUUCACUGCGGGCCAGCUCUGGGCGAUUCAUGGUGUAAAUUCUACGGAUUUGCUGGCGGUCUAACCGGAACCUUAUCCAUAACUACACUUACUGCAAUAUCUAUUGACCGAUAUCAUGUGGUGGUGUACCCAUUGGAUCCACUGAAGUCUACCACGAAACGACGAUCACGACUCAUGGUGCUUUUCGUUUGGUGUUAUUCAUUUAUUUUCGCCAUAAUUCCCGCGUUAGAUAUUGGCCUAAGUCACUAUGUUCCUGAGGGGUACCUGACUACAUGCAGUUUCGACUAUCUCUCCAAAUCUCGUGAUGCGAGGAUUUUCAUGUUUGCCUACUGGAUUGCAGCCUGGUGCAUUCCUUUCUCCAUAAUAACAUAUUGCUACGUGUAUAUUCUUCGAGUGGUGAUAUCGGCGAAUAGUAUCCAGUCAAGCAAGGAUAAAAACAAAACGGAAUUCAAGUUAGCUAUUGUAAUCAUUGGAAUUAUUGGACUGUGGUUCCUUGCUUGGACGCCGUACUCCGUUGUAGCCCUGCUAGGCAUAUCAGGGAAUGAGACUGCUAUUACGCCACUGGGGUCAAUGAUACCAGCACUCUUUUGUAAAUCGGCUGCAGCUAUUGAUCCUUACGUAUAUGCGGUAACACAUCCCCGGUUUCGUAUGGAGUUGGGCAGGAUAUUCUGCGGACGAGUACCAUCAACAUUAAAAAGGGCUUCGACAUAUCAGUCGUCGGUUUAUACAAAGACUUCAACUCGGCGACGUAUCGCUCCUGAUGUGAAAGAUGAACCUCGAGUGUUGGGCCAAGGGGAAGAAAUGUCCUCAUUUUCAGGAGAUGCACUGGAGCGAAGCAGUACCAUAGAAGGAACUAUAAAAACUACUUUGACAUAAAGUAGAGCUUUCAAUGUCCACGACCACAUUGUACUUGUACCAAAUUGGUGUUUCGAAAAAAUAAAGCACAUUUA